UUUCUGCUUAUUGUCGGUGGUGAAACAGUGAAUACUUCGACUUCAAAGUUGCAUAACUAACAGUCGUCAAUUCGCGACACUAUGUAUGUGGCCGGCGGUGUGUGCUAACGCGUGGCAUAUCGGCCGACAGUUCGAUACUUACUUCGGGCAUGUAACAGCUUUAAAUGAGAGAGAGGUAAUCAUGCGCGCCGUGCGUACGGAUCGCAAAUUCUGGGAGUUUGGUCGGAAAUUAGUCGCCGCCUUGUGGGAUGCACACGCACGCAUUUACCAUGGCUACGAAGUAAUCGGUAUGGAGAAUAUACCAGAAACCGAACCGGCAUUGAUUGUCUACUAUCAUGGAGCCAUACCUAUUGACAUGUACUACCUAAAUUCGCGCAUAAUAUUGCAAAAAGAUCGACUCAUAUACUCCAUCGGCGAUAGAUUUCUAUUCAAGUUGCCCGGCUGGGGUACAAUAUCCGAGGCAUUUCACAUCAGUCCCGGCACAGUGCAGUCGUGCGUUAGCAUUUUGAAGGAGGGCAAUUUGCUGGCCAUUUCGCCGGGUGGCGUCUAUGAGGCACAAUUCGGCGAUCAAUACUACGAGCUGCUGUGGCGCAAUCGCGUGGGUUUCGCGAAAGUCGCGCUGGAGGCGAAGGUGCCGAUUAUUCCAUGCUUCACGCAAAAUCUACGCGAAGGCUUUCGACAAUUGGGCAUUUUUCGCAAAUUCUUCCUGAAACUCUACAAUGCGGUGCGCAUACCCGUCUAUCCGAUUUACGGUGGGUUUCCGGUGAAAUUUCGCACAUUUGUUGGUCGGCCGAUACCAUACGAUGGUACGCUGACGCCAGAGGAGCUGCAAUUGAAGGUGGCCGCAGCAUUGGAGGAGUUGAUAAAUAAGCACCAACGCAUACCUGGCAGCAUAUUUCAUGCGCUACUCGAUCGCUUGCCGCCAUUUCGUAGCAAAAGAAAAACGUCCGAAUGAGUGGCAAAUGGUCGUGGAAUGUGGGUGUUCCCGUUCAGCAGCUGGCGUUGAAAAAUCUCUAGAUACUGUACUGUGUUAAUUUUUCGUAUUUCAUUUCUUUUGAGGGGAGGGAAACGCAAAAGACUUUCUGCUAACUAUACAAAUAGCUUAGUGUGCGUUUAUCUCGAGAGUUUUGCUUUCAAAACGAACAAAAAACAAACAAAAAAGUUUACAAUAGUUGAUAAAAACCGAAAACCGAAAACUAAAAACCAAGUAAGAUCAAAACAUAUUAUUAUCAUUAUUAUUAUUAUAGAAUUAUGAAAUUCCUUCACUAUCACCACGCAUCCAUUUUGCAAGACGGCACUUGAAUUGGAGCAAAGUUUCCAUGAGAUUGCCUGCCUAGCCGUAAGUGUACUUAAGAAUGCUUUGUGUUAAGCUCCAAGUGCGUAGUGCUAAACAAUUUUAUUAAUUUAUUAAUAAAUAUUACAACACUUAGAUUAUAGCAUAAAUCCAAGUGCUCAGUGGGCUUUUGUUUGAUAUUUUGCAUUUAUAUUUUUAUAAUGAAAUGAAUGAAACUAUGUUUCUGUAGAUUCUGGUUGUAAUGGGAAGUUUUUUGCGAGUAAACUGAAACAAAUUGUUUAUAAAUAAUGUAAUUAUUAAAGUCAUAGACUUAAUUUUUCAUCUAUUUAAAAAACA